AUGGCAGGCGUCGAGGGCCCAGUAGCGAUGAUGAGUUUGGUCCCGACUAGGGUGGUCAGCAGCAGUUCGGCUCUGCAGCAUCAGCGGCAGCAGCAGCAGCUUGGACCGCCAGCUGCAGAAUGUUGUGCAUUGGACUCAUGUGACGUUGAGAGCUUUGAAUUGGGCAAGACGUUGGGCACGGGCUCGUUUGGGAGGGUCCGCUUCGCCACGCACAAGGCGAGUGGAAGGCACUACGCGCUGAAGAUGUUGAAGAAAGCUGUCAUUAUAAGACUAAAACAAGUUGAUCACAUUAACUCGGAGAAGACGAUCCUUAAGGCGAUUCAUCAUCCCAUGAUUGUCAACCUCUACGGGUCUUUUCAUGAUAGCCGUUAUCUCUAUCUGGCCCUCGAGUAUGUCGUUGGCGGCGAGUUUUUUACACACUUGCGUAAGGUCGGGCGAUUCGAAAAUGAGACUGCCCGAUUUUACGCGGCUCAAAUUGUGAGUAUAUUUGAAUAUCUCCACUCUAAGAAUAUCAUCUAUCGAGACCUCAAGCCUGAGAAUAUCCUUCUUGGUGCGGACGGGUAUCUUAAGCUCACCGACUUUGGAUUUGCAAAAAUAGUUCACCAACGCACAUAUACCCUAUGUGGAACGCCGGAGUACAUCGCGCCUGAGGUCUUGUUGAAUAAGGGCCAUGGUAAAGCAGUGGACUGGUGGACUUUGGGAAUACUCACAUAUGAGAUGAUGGUUGGAUGUCCGCCCUUCGUUGAUGAGGACCCCAUGGGUAUAUAUCAGAAGAUCCUGACAGGGAAGAUAGUAUUUCCUCGGUCCUUCGACAAGCAUGCUAAAACUCUUGUGAAGAAAAUGCUCACCGCUGAUUUGACCCAACGUUAUGGGACGCUGAGGGGCGGUGUGGAUGAUAUAAAAAAAUGCAAGUGGUUCGCAGGUAUAUCGUGGGAGGCGCUGUACAGGAAGGAGAUCGAGUCUCCCUAUAAGCCAAUGGUGAAGUCGGCUACUGAUACCUCUAACUUUGAGGACUACCCCGACUCGACAGAUCUUGCUCCUAUUGUUAGUGCCAUUGACGAUCCUUUUGUGUCCUGGUGA